GAAGCGGCUACGGGUUCUACGGGCGCCUACUACGAGACGAAUUACGUCAGCGACCAGCGUCUUUCUCAGUCGCCAUCUUUCCGUCUUAGUUGCCGGUUAGUUAAGUUUUUGUUCCUCGUAUUUUCCAUCUUUUUUGAAAAUGGCGGACGGAUACGGUGGUGGUGGGUAUGAUUACUCACAACCCCCGCCGCAAUCAGGCUAUGCCAGCUACGGAGGUCAACAAGGUGGCGGCUAUGGUCAACAAAGUUACGGCCAAGACCCGUCGGGUGGUGGAAACUGGGGUCAGCAGGGAGGUGGUAGAGGACCUCCUGGGGGAGGUUAUGGAGGUGGCCAACAAGGUGGCUAUGGAGGUGGUGGAGGAGGCUACGGGGGUGGUGGCCAAGGAGGUUAUGGAGGAGGAGGCGGAGGCUAUGGAGGUGGCAAUAGAGAUCGUGGCAACUCUGGUGGUGGUUAUGGAGGUGGUCAACGAGGCGGUUACGGCAAAGGUGAUGGAAAUCUCGUUAUUCAACAGGACACGGUGUUCGUAUCCGGGAUCGACCCGAAUUUUACUGAGGAUGACAUUGCUGAUCAUUUCGGCUCUAUUGGUAUUAUCAAGAUGGACAAGAGAACCAACAACAAAAAAGUGUGGCUGUACAAAGACAAAAGCACCGGAAUGUCGAAGGGAGAAGCGACCGUGACAUACGACGAUCCCAAUGCGGCCAAAAGCGCAAUUGACUGGUUCGACGGCAAAGAUUUCCGCGGUUCGGUAGUGCGAGUACAGUUGGCCACCAAACGUGACAACUGGAGCGGCGGUCGAGGUGGCGGCGGCGGUGGUGGAGGUCGCGGCGGCGGAGGUUUCGGCGGUGGUGGCCGAGGAGGAGGCGGCGGAGGAUUUGGAGGAGGCCGCGGAGGCGGCGAUAGAGGUAGAGGGCGCGGAGGAGGUGGCGGCGGUGGUGGUCGCGACCGUGAAUCUAGAGACGGAGACUGGAGGUGUGCGAAUCCCGACUGCGCCAACACCAAUUUUGCCUGGAGGAACGAGUGUAACCGGUGCGGAGACUCUAAACCGGCCGGCGGUGGCGGCGGUGGUGGUGAUAGACGCGGAGGCGGCGACAGAGACGGCGGCCGCCGAGGUGGAGGCGGUGGUUUCCGCGGCGGCGAUCGAGGAGGUUUCGGGGGUCGAGGUGGUGGAGGUCGCGGGGGCGGCAGAGGCGGCCCCGGAGGUCCACGAGGCGGCGGCUUCGGAGGCGGAAGAGGUGGCGGAGGCGGACGGUAAGAUGGAUAGAGGCAGCGGUAGGGAUCGUCCGAAGCCAUACUAGACUUACCUUAAUAACUUAGAUAUAAGAAACUCCUUUUCUUUUUAAUUCGUGCAAGUAACUGGAUCGAAAGGUAUUAUUUAUAAGAGUUAAUAAUAUAAUAUGAAUGCAUUGUAAUGAUUCGGACGUCCCAACUACUAUUUAAGAUUCUUUUGUAAUUUUUUUAAACUUAAGUCUUUGUCGUUUUAUGACAAAUUUGUAUGUAUGUGUAACAUAAGAGAAAUAAAGCUUUUUCAGCUGUUA